ACAAUUAGCACGUGGUUCAGUCAAGCGAGCGUCGAGUGACAGAGCACAGCUACGUGCCAUGAAGGCCCACUUCGCAAGUAUGGGGUCUUUGCAAGGACCCACCAGUGCCACCAAGCCAGUCAUGUCGAGGUCUGCGAGUGCUAAGCAGAUCAGCAGCAUGAAGUUCACCACGAUGACUGUGUCCAAGUGGCUGUGUCACUCAGAAGCAUCAGUGUUCUGCAACGUCAUGGAGUCCGGAGACAUUGUGGAAAUAGAACAUGACGGCCACCAUACCUUCGGGAUAGGACUCCGAGCACGCAAGACAGAUAAGAAAGGGCCUGAGUCAAUCAAGAUAGCGUAUUUGAAGGUAGAAGCAAGCAAGGCAAGCGGCAAGGUGGUCAAAGUGCCCCUGCUAGAGUUCUGGGUUCCAGAGGCAAACAUAAGAAUAAACAACCGCAGUGACCGCGAGUACCCUUACCACCCGGAGGAGGUCAUACGACAGCAAGUGACACAUGCAAUCAAGACUAAAAAUGUUACCUGGCAAACAAGUGAGCAGUUUGCACAUUGGUGUCGUCAUAACAACAAGCCAGCCACUCAAGACGGAGCACGCAGACAGGCAAGUGACGUGUCCAAAUGGGGAAGUGUGGCUGCCAACAUGGGGGUCCUAAUGUUUCUCAAGAAGAGGGAGCGUUUCAACAGCAAGUGACGCCCCAUAACACUGGGACGUUGCACUGCAACAACGGACGGGACUGUAGUGACUACCCGCAAUCAGGCAGCAAAUGAACAAAUCAGAAGCAAGAAUCAGCAAGGGAAAAAAAGACUGAUAAAAAUAUAUAGCACAUACAUAGUUUAUUGCUACAGUAGAAUCUCGUUAUAAGAUACACAAAGGGAUUUACUUAAAUACUGAAAUGCAUUUAUAACUUUGGGUAGGAAAUUGACAGCCACACUUUAAAAUUAAAAUACUUGGGUAAGUAGUAAUUAGCAGCAGUAAAGAUGUUUUACUGCAAUUGUAUUAAUUUUUUUUUUAUUAGACAAGGCAAAUUAUAAACAUUCAAUAUAGGAAGUAAUAAUAAAUACAAAGAUAUAAUAGAUGGGUGAAAACUACCUACCUAAUGGAAAUACUAAAAUCUGUUAUACAUAUAUAUAUUCAUCUACUUUUAUUUUAAAAAUCCACUGAGAUCCUUACAGUGGUAGAUUUGGCUAAAUAAAGUGUUGAAAUUGCACAUACACACAA